UCUUGGCCCAAACCACUCGAGUAUGAGGUGUACCCUCGCUCACCGUUCUCAACGUCCUCGAAGUGGGGGGAAUCCUGCUCGAAGCCACAGACACGAGGCAUACCCUGAGAGCCAGCGAACGGACCUCGAUUCUUUUUCUUUCGUCCGUGUGUCGCACGUGUUGUCUCUGUUCUCCGUGGUGACCGGCUACACUGCCUGGUGGCAUAUCCACGACCAGGAGUAUUGUUUUGCUGCUCUCCUCUCUUUUUUCUCCUCUCGUGGCAAAUUUUAGCGCUCAUCUCAACGUUAACGCGUGUAGCACAUUUUCCUUUUAGCCGAUCCUCUUCGACACGUAUACGUAAAUCCUAUCGCAGAGGCAGGAGGAUAUUUCGCGCGGAACUGAAACAUGCAUUCCCGCGGUCGAUUCUGAACUGAACGCAUCGAGUGGUGGUAAUUUUGUGCGAGAAGCGGAACCAAGUGGUGAUAAACGAACUGUGUAAAGAAAUGCACGGGAGUGUGUUACCGAUCCGCUGACAAUGGCACGACGACGACCACCGAGACCAGAUUUGCCGUGGAUCUAUUUGUUUGCUUGGCUGCUUUGGAUCGUCUUGCCUAUUGGAACCGGGCUGGUGCACAGUUAUGCGGAUAAACAGAGGUACGAUGGAUGGUACAAUAAUUUGGCUCAUGCGGAUUGGGGAUCGAUCGACAGCAGGCUGAUACGAAAGAUGCCAGCAGCGUAUUCAGAUGGAGUUUACAUGCUGGCUGGCCAGGAUAGACCAUCUCCAAGGAAGCUCAGUCAGCUUUUCAUGCAGGGAGACGAUGGUCUACCAUCCGUCAAAAAUAGAACAGCAUUAUUCGCUUUCUUCGGGCAACUGGUCACGUCGGAGAUAAUCAUGGCCAGCGAAAGUGGCUGUCCCAUAGAGUACCAUCGUAUCGACGUGGACAAAUGCGAUCCGGUUUUCGACAAGGAGUGCCAAGGUAACAAGUACAUUCCCUUCCGUCGGGCGGAUUACGAUCGACAAACUGGACGCAGCCCUAAUAGCCCUCGUGAACAGAUAAACAAAGUGACGAGCUGGAUCGACGGUAGCUUCAUUUAUUCGAGCAGCGAGGCAUGGGCAAACACCAUGAGGUCCUUCAAGAACGGUAGCCUCCUUAUGGAACCCACCAGGAAGUUCCCCGUGAGGAACACGAUGCGUGCUCCACUUUUCAAUCAUGCUGUCCCACAUGUUAUGAGAAUGCUCAGCCCGGAACGUCUUUUUCUUCUCGGAGAUCCACGAACGAAUCAACAUCCUCCGUUACUGGCUCUUGGAAUAUUGUUUUAUCGGUGGCACAAUGUAAUUGCUGCCCGAAUACAAUUAGAGAAUCCGGAUAUGUCUGAUGAAGAUAUAUUUCAGAGAGCAAGACACGUUGUUAUAGGGACGCUUCAGAAUAUCAUUUUAUAUGAGUACCUUCCUAUAGUUUUGAAUGAGGAUACGCCGCCUUACGCAGGAUACAAGCCAGAUCUGCACCCUGGAAUCAGUCAUAUAUUUCAAAGCGCAGCUUUCCGGUUUGGACAUACCUUGAUACCGCCAGGAUUGUACCGCCGAGAUGAAAAAUGCGACUAUAGGAGAACUAAUACCGAUCAACCUGCGAUCAGACUUUGUUCCACCUGGUGGGAUUCCAACGAGAUUUUAACUAAUAGUACAAUUGAAGAACUCCUCAUGGGUAUGACUUCGCAAAUAGCAGAAAAAGAGGAUAAUCUCCUUAGCACUGAUAUUAGAAAUAAUUUAUUUGGACCUAUGGAAUUUUCGAGAAGAGAUUUAGGUGCCUUAAAUAUCAUGCGAGGCAGAGAUAAUGGACUUCCAGAUUAUAAUACGGCUAGAACGCAUUUCAAGCUAUCUCGCAAAAAAACUUGGAACGAGAUCAAUUCUGAACUGUUCAAUAAAAAUCCUUCGUUACUGCGUACGUUAGUCGAGAUUCAUUCGAAUAAUUUAAACAACGUGGAUGUUUAUGUUGGCGGAAUGUUGGAAUCUAGUGCUGGUCCAGGAGAACUCUUCUCUGUGGUGAUUAAAGAACAAUUUCUUCGUUUAAGAGAUUCUGAUAGAUUCUGGUUCGAAAAUGAGGAAAAUGGAAUUUUCACGAAAAGCGAGAUAGAAGAUAUUCGUCGCGUUACUUUAUGGGAUGUCAUAGUAAACGCGACAGGAAUACCGGCGAAUGCAGUCCAAAGAAAUGUAUUUACUUGGGAAGAAGGAGACCCUUGUCCACAACCUUACCAAUUAAAUUCAACAAUGUUAGAACCAUGUGUCCCGUUGCAACGUUACGAUUACUUUGAGGGAAGCGAACUGGUGUACAUAUACGCUUGCGUGUUUCUUGGUUUUGUGCCAAUUCUUUGCGCUGGAGCCGGUUACGGCUUGGUUAAGCUUCAGAAUCGCCGCCGAAGACGGUUGAAAAUUCUGCAAGAAGCAAUUCAAAAAAGGAACGAUGGUAAAAUCUGCGUGGACAAGAUGAUCGUGCGCGAGUGGCUGCACGCGAACCAUCGUCGUCUGGUCAAGGUAAAAUUCGGACCGGAAGCGGCUCUGCACAUCGUCGACCGUAAAGGAGAGAAACUGCGCACGUUCGAUUUCUGUGACGUGAACACAGUCACGAUAGAAGAGUCACAGGAAGACGAGAAUGGCCACCGUAAGGCGUUGGUUCUGUUACGGAUACCGCGGGACUACGACCUUGUCCUUGAACUGGAUUCGCUGGCCUCGCGUAGAAAGUUCAUUGCGAAACUGGAGGCAUUUCUGGCGUCCCAUAAGAAGCACUUCACGCUGUCCCAAGUGAGCCGGGAUAUUAUGCUUGCAAAAGCGGAAACGAAGGAACGCCGUCAGAAGAAACUCGAACAGUUCUUCAGGGAAGCUUACGCUUUGACGUUCGGUUUACGACCUGGUGAAAGGCGACGACGAUCCGAAGAUAGCGACAGCGGUGAAGUCGUUACCGUGAUGAGGACGUCGCUUUCUAAAAGCGAGUUUGCGAGCGCCCUCGGAAUGCGUGCUGACGCGGUAUUCGUGAAAAAAAUGUUUAAUAUUGUCGAUAAAGAUAGAGACGGCCGUAUUUCAUUUCAGGAAUUUUUGGAUACAGUUUUGCUAUUCUCACGUGGAAAAACUGAGGAUAAAUUGAGAAUCAUUUUCGAUAUGUGUGAUAAAGAUAGCAACGGAGUUAUCGACAAGGAAGAAUUAUCAGAAAUGCUUAGAUCUUUGGUAGAAAUUGCACGUACAACCAGUCUUUCAGAUGAUCAUGUCACAGAGUUAAUCGACGGAAUGUUCCAAGACGCUGGACUCGAGAGAAAGGAUUAUCUCACGUACAACGAUUUUAAGCUAAUGAUGAAAGAAUACAAAGGUGACUUCGUAGCGAUCGGUCUCGAUUGCAAAGGCGCGAAGCAGAAUUUCCUCGACACAUCAACAAACGUGGCUCGCAUGACAGGUUUCCAUAUAGAUCAGCUUCCACCCGAAGACUCAAAGAGUUGGGCUCAAAAACAAUGGAAUGCAGUUUCGACAUUCCUCGAGGAAAACCGACAAAAUAUUUUCUAUUUAUUUGUUUUCUAUGUUACAACCAUUGCACUGUUCGUUGAAAGAUUUAUAUAUUACUCGUUCAUGGCAGAACAUACGGAUCUGAGGCAUAUUAUGGGAGUUGGAAUUGCCAUAACUAGAGGAUCUGCAGCAGCCUUGUCCUUUUGCUAUAGUUUACUCCUUUUGACUAUGUCCCGUAAUCUUUUGACUAAACUCAAAGAAUUUUCCAUUCAACAAUAUAUUCCUUUGGAUUCACAUAUACAAUUUCAUAAAAUUGCUGCAUGUACUGCACUAUUUUUCUCUGUUUUACAUACGGUGGGACAUAUGGUCAAUUUUUAUCAUGUUUCAACUCAGCCAUUAGCUCAUCUUCGAUGUUUAACCAGUGAACUUAGUUUUCCAAGCGAUGCUAGAUUAACUAUUUCGUUUUGGCUGUUUAAAACUGUAACAGGUUUGACUGGAAUAUUAUUAUUCAUCGUAAUGACAGUAAUUUUUGUCUUUGCUCAUCCAACCAUUCGCCAAAAAGCAUAUAAAUUUUUCUGGUCCACACACAGUUUGUACGUAGUAUUAUACGCACUAUGUUUAAUACAUGGUUUAGCCCGUUUGACUGGUUCUCCACGAUUUUGGAUUUUCUUUGUUGGUCCUGCAAUUAUUUAUUCUCUGGAUAAAGUAGUUAGCCUUCGUACUAAAUAUAUGGCAUUGGAUAUUAUCGAAACAGAAUUGUUGCCUUCAGAUGUGAUUAAAAUUAAAUUCUACAGGCCACCAAAUUUGAAAUAUUUAUCCGGACAGUGGGUUCGUCUUUCUUGCACUGCGUUUAGAUCGAACGAAUUCCAUUCAUUUACCCUUACAUCCGCACCGCAUGAGAAUUUCCUGUCAUGUCAUAUUAAAGCGCAGGGACCAUGGACGUGGAAACUGCGCAAUUACUUCGAUCCCUGUAAUUAUAAUCCGGAGGAUGAACACCCAAAAAUAAGAAUAGAAGGACCUUUCGGUGGUGGUAAUCAAGAUUGGUACAAAUUCGAGGUCGCUGUUAUGGUUGGCGGUGGGAUUGGUGUCACUCCCUACGCCUCCAUGUUGAAUGACCUUGUAUUUGGAACUUCUACGAAUAGAUACUCUGGGGUUGCUUGUAAGAAGGUUUAUUUUUUGUGGAUUUGUCCGUCACAUAAACACUUUGAAUGGUUCAUCGACGUCCUCAGGGAUGUUGAAAGGAAAGAUGUUACAGACGUAUUAGAAAUUCACAUUUUCAUUACACAAUUCUUUCACAAGUUCGAUUUACGUACAACCAUGCUGUAUAUUUGUGAGAAUCAUUUUCAGAGGCUAUCCAAAAAGAGUAUAUUUACAGGGCUGAAGGCGAUAAAUCAUUUUGGUCGGCCCGAUAUGACAUCAUUUCUAAAGUUUGUUCAGAAGAAACAUAGUUAUGUUAGUAAAAUAGGAGUAUUUAGUUGCGGACCACGUCCUCUAACGAAAAGUGUAAUGUCAUCCUGUGAUGAGGUGAACAAAGGUCGUCGUCUACCGUAUUUCAUUCACCACUUCGAAAAUUUCGGCUAG